UCCAAAAAGAGAGAGGAAAAGUAGAAAACCCCAUUUGGAAUUCACCUCAGAUUCUCCAAACAAAGCAUUCCAACAAAGUGUCACACCCCCCUCAGUAUCAUGCACUCAAAGCAAAGUAUCAAUCAAGAUUUACAAACAAAUUUAGUACUAGUACCAUCCUAUACAGAGUCACUCUUUUCCUGUCAUAACAAAAGUUUUCCCGCAUAUCUCUUUCUUCUGAUCCAUGGCUUAUCUACUCAUAGCUUUUGUUUCUUUUGUCUUUCAAUUUUUAGUCCCUAAAGCUCAUAGCUAUGGCCAUGCACAUGGCUGCCGAUCAUACUGCGGAAACUUGACCGUCGAUUACCCUUUUGCACUUCAACCGGGCUGCGGCCACCAGGGCUACCGAGACCUCUUAUAUUGCAUCAAUAAUGUGCUAAUGCUUCACAUUAGUUCAGGCUCGUACCGUGUUUUGGACAUUGAUUAUGCAUACCGUUCCCUCACCUUAGACGAACCUCACAUGUCGACGUGCACGUCGAUCAUGCUCGGCAAACGGGGCAAUGGAUUUGUCGUCGAGCGGUGGCGAGAGCCGUACUUGAGCCCCAUGACGGACAACGUGUUCAUGCUGCUACAUUGCAAGGCAGAAUCACCACUCUUCCAAGGUUUCUCUGGAAAGCACUUGCCCUGCAGGAAUGUUGCUGGGAUGGGCUGUGAUGACUACUAUGGUUGUCCAGUAUGGAGCCUAAUUGGGCCGCAACGGGCGGGCUCGGUAUAUGGAUCAGGCCCGCCCAAAUGCUGUGCAAUUGCAUAUGAAGCAAUCAAGGAUGUAAAUUUGACCAGGCUUGGUUGUCAAGGGUACAGCAGUGCUUAUAAUUUAGCACCUUUGAGACUGGCUGGCCCUGAUGAAUGGUCUUAUGGGAUAAGGGUGAAGUAUUCGGUUCAAGGAAAUGAGACCUUUUGUAAAGCUUGUGAGGCAACUGGUGGAUCUUGUGGCUAUGAUGUCAAUGACUUUAGCAGUACUUUGUGCAUGUGUGGUAGCUGGAAUUCUACUUCCAAUUGCGAUUCAGUUCCCUCAGCUUCGCAUAGAAGAACUUGGUCGUUCAUGGAUGCACUAACAGGUAUGCAUCCUUGAUUAGCUGCCUAUUAAUUCCUAUGUUAUCUGAAUCUUAGAUUUGUCAUAAUUACCCUCAUGAGAAAAUUAAGCAAUAAGCAUUGCCAUCAUAACAUUUCUCAUGGACAGAACUUAUCUAAAGCUGUCUAUGUUUAUGAGAAUAAUAGUAUUGCCAAGAUAAUUCACUAAAUUAACUCGAGUUAAUCUCGAUUUGGCAAAUUAGGCGUUUUCUAAAACCGCUGAGUCCAAAUAAUUUUGAUCUUAGAUCAAAUUUCAGUUCAGCCCGAGUUAUAGUAGGAAGUGCUGCACCUACAUGAUCUUAAUUAUAUCCAAAAUAUAUAAAAGAUGCAAAUGUUUGUUUACCUCGAAAAAUGGGUUUAAUAGUUAAAAGAUAAUUUGAGGUUUAAAAAAUACGUGAUAUAUUAUAAUACUAGUAAUUAAAUAGGUAAUAUUGAGCUUAAGUAAGAAGGAAUAAUGAACCAAAUCAAUGUUGUCGAAACAGUAGGGGCCUCGAGCUCGUCUAUCCAGGGACCUCGAGGUCAGCUAAGACCAACAAAGUAUGAACAAUAAAGUAAAGGCAAUAAAGCUGAAGAAUAAUUGUUGAGCACGUUAAACAAGAAAAGAAUAACAAUGUUCUAUUGUAGUGAAAGAUUUGAUGCCUUACAAAAUUAUUGGGAUCCCCUUUAUAUAGGAAGGGAAAACCCCAAUAUAGUACAUUCCUCAUAAAAGUAAAGGAUUUUAUUGAUACAGGUGUAUAACGGCCUAGUACGGAUCUGUAACAUUUCGUACAAACUUUAUCCUUUAAUUAAUCCCCUAGUCCACGUGUUCUUAAGAAAUUUCCGCUCUUUCUUGAUUGACUUCGAGGUUGUGAUGCCCUCGAUAUAAAUCGUGUCAGGCCUUCGAUUAGCUUCCUCGAGGAGGGUAUCCCUUAGUCGGAUCCGAUAUCCACUUCGAGUCUCCCGGGCUCGGACCUGUAGCCCGUUUUAAGACUUCAAAAUAUCAUGCUCCUCGAUUUUGAUUGCAUACAGAUAGUCCUCGCGUUUCUUAGAAUGGAAUGAUAUGAAACGAUUUUGACCUCGAUUUCAUCGCGCCUCUAGUGAUGACAUCAUCCUUGUGAAACCAACGUUCGAAGUGACCGAAACGUCCCAUCGGCCCACUUCCCCAAAAAUAUUAAAUGCACGUCAAUGCUGGUUGGCCACUAACGCCUUCGAACCGUGGUUGCCCCUUUAUAAAUAUGGGGCAUCUUCCUUUAGUAAAUAAAUUUACAUUUCUUCAAUCUCUACCAAUCCUCAUCUCUUUCUUCAAUCACCUAUCUCCUCCGCCUCUUUAAAUGCCGUUAAAUACCAAGCUCUAGCCGGAAACACUGCAUCCCUGUUCACCUGCAUUCCUUACCUUACAACCAUGGCCAAAACUUCCAAGACGGUCCCUAAAAAGGAUACAUCAUCAUCAUCCUCUGCCUCCCGGCUGGCCAAACCGGUGGCGCCGCCGACACUUGAAGAGAUCACUCCUAGUGAUUGCAUUAUCAAGAAGGACUUUAGUAUCGAGAAUCCUCCCAAUGUCGAAGGCCGAUAUGAGCACGUACCCCGAUACAUUAGCCUAAUAAUGGAGCAGCUCAUCAAGGAUAUUAUGAGGGAUCGUCGAUGGGGGGACUAUGUCAAGAUUCAGAUCCUGAAGCCUGACGAAAGCAUAACUACCCACAAGGAGGGGCUUUUGAGUGUUUACACUUACCCCUUCACAUUGGGCCCCCUCGAUCCAGUGGUGAUCAACUUUUGCAAGACAUACGAAGUCACCUUUGGCCAAAUCCACCCUUCGUUCUGUCGUAUCAUUAUCAUGUUGCGGUACUUCUCUGAGAAGGCCAAGGGUUUCGAAUUCACCCUCAGCCACCUAGUUCGGUUGUAUCGACCCUAGUUAUUCCGAGAGCUUAUCAAGAUGCAGCGUCGAACCACGAAGUCCUUCUUCGCUAGUAUUGAUGAAACCAAAGAUCGAGGUUGGAUGAGUCGAUAUUAGAGUAAGGACUUCGGACAUCAUCCCCGAGGGAAAAAUGUCAUUCCCGGAGAGGUGGAAGUUUAACCGUAAGUGGAGUCCGCAUUUUCCUUUGUAUUUAUUCUUGUUUUUUUCAUUUUUCAUAGCUUACUCAUCUUUUUUUUGGCAGCCAAUGCUAGGGCGCCCUUGGCGGUGCCUGACCUUGAGGAUUGGGUUAGGAAACUAGCUGCCACAUCCUCUUAUGACAAGCAUAAGUGGUGUGAUUUGGCAAAGGGCAAAUGGGAGGCCAAGAACCAUGGCCUUGGAGAUGCUUCCGAGAUGAGACCGGACCCGCCCGGGGAAACAACGAAGCCUUCAAAUUCAAAGCUCGAGAAGGAUAAUAAAAGAAAGAGGGUCUCGAAUCCCGAAGACCCCCAAGACAAGAAAACCUCCAUUCGAAGGCUGCAGAAAAGAUUUGCUCAAACGGGCGCAGACUCAGCCCAUGACUCCCUAGGUGGUGAGGAGGAUAAUGAGGAAGAACCAGUUCUGGUGACUCAGACUGGGAGGCCAGUCGAGACCGUCAAGCCUUCCGAACUAGAAAAUCCACCUUGUGGUGUGGAUGCCGGAAGAGAAGAGGCGGGUAAGGCCCCCAUGUCUCCGGAGGUUGAGAUCGUCCCUCCGUCUUCAACAACUAUGCUUGAGGGGGUAAAUGCUGAGGGCCCCAAGGUUAAUGAGAAUGCCCCGAGCGAAGAGCUCGGGGCCAAACAACAGGUCGUUCCCUUUUAUUGCCAACUUAUUCUAGGGAGGCAAUCGAGGAAACCGACAGUUUGCAUAUGACCGAUCCAAGUAAGGUCAUCGGGGACGAUCCUUUCCAGAGUUGCUACACUGGAGUUGAGGCUGCCGAUGAUUUCAAUAAUGCAUCCUCCAUUUUUGAAGAUGCCCAGCGUCUCUUUUCUCGGGUAAAGACAUGCCCUAUCUAUUGCAAGUUCUUCUCCCUUUGUCUUCCUCUUCUACUGACGCAUCAUUAUUUCACGUAUAGGUUGUUGCAAAGUUCAAGGAUGAACUGAGACAAUGUGAGGUCAAGCUAAAGAGAGUCUCGGGUGAAGAGAAGUCCUAGAGGCUCCUUUGUAGUUAGAAGGAAGAGGAGCUUAAGGAUCUCCGAAUUGCUUUGGCCAAAGCUCAAAAAAGCGAGUCCGAGCUGGAUGAGCAGGUAACUUUGAUUUUAACAAAGUUAGGCAUUCUUGGCCCUACUUUGGAAGCUAAUACUUCGAUAUCUCAGCUACAGCAAAAGUUGGAUAUGAUUGGGUAGCUCCGGGACGAGGUGAAUCAAGUUUGGGUUGAUUGCCUCCAGUGGAAGGAGAACGUGGAUCAACUUGCCGUUGAAAAGGAAGUCGUUAAGGCUCAACUGACCUCGGCUGAAGCUCAGCUCCGUGGUGCUGAAGUGAAAGGCUUGGCUCAACCCAGGGAACUCAAGGGGCUAGGGGCCGAGCUUGCUAAAGCCCGGAGUGAAGCUGCAUAUGCUAAGGCUGAAACUGCACAAGCCAAGGCUGAAGCCGAGAAGACGAAAGCUUUGGCUGAUAAAUCCAUUGCUAUAUACAAGAGAGAAGUUAUGUCCAUUCAAGCUGAGUUAAGGGCGGCCUCCAACUGGGCAAAACGAAGAAAUGAAUUGGCUAAGUGUCAAUCCUAGAGGGAGACUCUCGAGGAAGUCCGUGCUCGAGGGUUCGACCUUGCCAAGGAGAUAGCCGAGGCACAGGCAUGGGAAACUGAUGCUAGGUUUCUUGUCUUCUCUAAUGAUGAGAACGUGGUGAGUGGUUUCAGGGACAAGGAAAGUGGAGAGGAUGCUCCCGAAGGGGAAGAGACUCCAGAAGAUAAAGCUAUCGGAGAUGAAGGCGGCACUCCCGGGGACGUGGCCCCGAAAAUAUAUUAGGUUUCUAUUUUUAUAUAAGAGUCCUUCGUUGUAACAUGCUUUGUAAAUUUCCCGGAUGAAUAUAAAGUAACUUUUUGCUCUGUUCUUGAUUUGUGCUGACUAUUUAUUUUGUCUCCGUUCAUAAAAAAUUUCUAUGAUUCACCUGUUAAGUUCGAGUAUUGGUUUAGACUCGCAAUAAGCUCUUAGGCUUUUAUUGCUCGGGAUUAUAUCCCUUAGGGUUUAAGAUGAUCCCCGAGCCAAACAUAAAGUCAAAUUAAUGCGAGCUCGGGGCCUUUGGGUCCGGAUUAAACGAGAUUGGGGUCUUAGACUCCCAUAGGUCUUUGACCCUAUAUUUUUUUUCAAACUGGCCCAUAGGCUCUUUUAUAUCGGCCCUUAGGCUCUCUCUUUUUAGAAUUGGCCCUUAUGCUCUUUAGGUUAGCUCUUAGGCUAUUUUAGGUUGGCCCUUAGGCUCUUUUAGGUUGGCCCUUACGCUCUUUUAGGUUGGCCCUUAUACUCUUUUAGGUUGGCCCUUAGG